CCGACCAACAUGCAACCUCUCUGCUGAUGACAGUGAAGAACACUGAGAAAUAGUGCAGUAGUGUACAAGAAGCUGACAGUUAAAGACCUUGAGCUGGGAAUACUGCGUUGUUUUCUCUGGACAUGUGGGCUGCUACAGCAGGUUCAUGUGAGACAGAUAGAGAGUAGAAGAGAUGGAGGCAAGAGGAGCAAAGGGCAGAUGGGAUGAGAGAGAGGGUACAAGAGAAAUCAGGAUGUUCAACUGGGUGGUGAAAGUGGUUCCACAGCCGCCCGAGUCUCUGGGUGAAGAGCAGGACAAGAAAGAUGCCAAGAAAACCCCCCUGCAACCCAAAGAUGAGGACCAAAACUCACUUGAUAGCAAUGCCCAAAAUGGGGUGCUGACCUGGCUGUCCAAUGGCUUCGUCAGCGCUCUGCCCCAACCAGCCGGGGUGACCUCUGAUGCCAAGUCAAUUGCUCCAGAGGAUGAUUCAAGACAAGGUGGGGUGAUUGGCUGGAUCUCCCAGGGACUGGGGAAAGUCGUGCCACAGCCAGAUGACAAGUACAAGGAGGACAACUUAACUGAAGAUGUGACAGAGAUCUAUGAGGCAAAGGACCUUCCAGAUGCUGAGCCACUGCCACACAUACCAGUUGUGGAGCUUUUUUCUGAUGACGAAUCUGAAGUUGACAGCAUCCCAAUUCAGUUCCCUCCCAAAGUGAUUGACUGGUUAAAGAACAGUGUUGAGAAUGCCAUCCCUCAGCAUCGGCCUGGCUUCUCGGAGCCUUCCUCAAGAAGGACAACACCCUGUUCUGAAAAAGUUUACUCACCGCCUCCAGAGUCCAUCACCAGUGCGAAUGAUGAGGAAUCCAAAAACAAUGUGGUCAGCUGGAUCAUGCAGGGCCUGGGCCGUAUAGUGCCACAGCCAGCGCUGAAAGGCAAGGAGGAGAACGGAGAGAAUGGUGACAUUCUGGUGCAAAAUGGUAAGUUAAUUUUUCUUCCUCUUUCACACAGCAUAACUACUCUAACUCCGUCCAUCUCCUUCUGUUUCAGGGGGGAGAGUUCUGAGAGCCCCUUAAACAAAAGGAGAAAGAAGACUGAGGGACUGUCUCAUGGGUUUCACCAGUAUUCUCUGACUCAACAGAGAAAUGACCUGAGCUUAAGACUCUCCACAGCUUGGAGCCGUCCAGAACCUGAAGUAGCUCCAAAGGCUCAACCUCAGAAGGAGACCCUCCAGCCUGCCCCCAGAGUACCCUCAACUCACUCAGUAAGAGUAGCGCACUCUGCCCACGCUGAAGCAGGGUGCCAGUCUACGCAGCUGGGACAGUCCAGCAUCCUGGAGGUGUCUGAGCCUGUGCAGAUGGAGGAUGCCGAGACGCAGACAGGGAGAUGGACGCCCUUCGUAGAGAACAUCAAGAGGGAGGCCGAGCACGCAGCCAUCAUGUCGAUGGAGGAACGCCUGCGUUUGGAGCGUCUGGAGACCACACGGCUGGCCGAGGAGGUUGCUCGUCACGCUGCUGAGAUGACCAUCAGACAACUAGCAGAGGAGAAAGAGAUGAGACUGGCUAUGCCAACACAGCCCCAACUGGAGGAUCUGGAGGAAGAACUGGAGCCAGAGUGCCAGGAAGUGUGCUACGUUGAAGAAUUUCAACAAAUAGAGGAGGAGCUAGAGGAAGUGAUAGAACCCCCACCUGAACCAAAGCAGUCCGUAGAGCAGGCCGAGGAUGUUCCAUCACGCAGUGGCCAGGCCUCCCUUCAGCAGGAGGAGCUAGAGCCAGAGGAGCAACCAGAGGAGGAGGAGCCUUCAGCUCAGACACAGGAAGUCCCCUCACCUGUCAAAGUCGCGUCUCCUGUCCGAUCCCCAUCGCCUGAGCAGGAGCCUGACCCAGAGCAGGAGAAGAACGCUGAGCAGGCAGCACCAGAGUCCGGUCCAGUAACAGAGCAGCCACAGGCAGCACCAGAGUCCGGUCCAGUAACAGAGCAGCCACAGGCAGCACCAGAGUCCGGUCCAGUAACAGAGCAGCCACAGGCAGCACCAGAGUCCGGUCCAGUAACAGAGCAGCCACAGGCAGCAGCGGCCACCUCCUCUCCUCAGACCAUCACUCAGGAGGACGCACCUGUGGGGGAGGAGGAAGCUGGUGUGUCCGUGUUCUGUGACACACUGAGGAGCUUUCUGGUGCACGUCCCUUAUGGAGCGCAGUGUCUCAGCAGAGUGGAGCAGCUGAUGCAGGAGAACAACAUCACUCCUCCGACGCUGCCUCACAUCCCCUGCUCUGUGGCGGAGCUGCAGCAACAGCUGACCAAGCAGUGUCCUGGCGCCCAGCAGCUCUCGCAGGAGCUCUCCGAGCUGCCCCACAAUCUGUCCCAUCAGGUCUCCCAGCUCCAGCAGCUGCCCCAGCAGUGCUCCCAGCAGGUCUCUCAGGCCACUCAACGGGUCACUCAACGGGUCACUCAGCUGACCCAACGGGUCUCCAACCUGCCUCAGCAGAUAUCUACUUUACCACAGCAGAUUCCCACUCUGCCGCCACAGCUGACCAACAUAUCCCAGCAACUCUCCAGCCUGUCCCAGACGCUGUCCAGUCUGCCGGCACAGGCCUCCUCCUUGUCACAGCCCUUAAGCCCCAGUAGGAUGCCUAAACAACAGCAGCAGCAGACGCGAGAUGUGGAGCUGGACAGGCUUGUCCGCCAGUCCCCCCUCCACCACCCACGCACCACCUCCCCCUCGUCCCCCAGUAGUGCCCUUGAGUUGCCCAACGUCCCCUCCUACCAUCGGCUACCCCCUAUUGCCCUCCCUAGGCAGCUAUCCGGAGUGUCCAACCCUGCCUUCCAUAUUGAGGAUGACCUUACCUCAGCACACCACUCAGAGAGUUCUAGGCUUAGUUUGCACCCUGCUGUCAAUGUUGAAGAUGUAGAUUCAGAAGGAGUGCUGGCCAACCGAUCUCACAGCAUGCCCCGAGUGGUCAACCACCAGGGCCCAAACCUGAAAACUCUUACAGUGCCUGGACCCUCCAAAACUAACCACUCAAGAGAGAGGAAGCAGCACAAUAUCUGGAAUAAAAUAAAAAAGCUCUACUCUCAAGACAAUGAGGAUGAAGACAAGAGAGAGACAGCUGUCCAUGCAUGGCCCAGUCAGAGCAGCCUGCUCAGUGUGGACGAAGGGUUAAAAGAGCGACCAGCCUCCUCUGCCAGCCAGACCAGCACUGUGGUUAAUGAGCGUUUGCAGGAGCUGGUGAAGCUGUUCAAAGAGAGAACAGAGCGUGCUAAGGAGAAGCUCAUUGACCCGGAUGACUCGGAUGAAGAUACACCUCCUGCGUCCCCUGCCAAAGCUGCUGCUGCGGCUCCUCCAGAGAAGAAGGACGAGGCACCUCCACCCCCACCACCACAGGAGGAGCAGGAGGAGCAGGAGACCGCUCAGCCUUGCUGCAAAGGGAGGCUGGCAUCUUGCUGCACAAGACUGCUGCAGUACCGAUUCCCAAUCAGCAUCGACCCCUUCACGAAUCUGGUAUACGUCCUGUGGCUGCUCUUUGUGACUUUGGCGUGGAACUGGAAUAUGUGGCUGAUCCCGGUCCGCUGGGCUUUCCCCUACCAGACGCCAGAUAACAUCUACCUGUGGUUGGUAACAGACUACCUGUGUGACACCAUCUACAUCCUGGACAUCUUAGUCUUUCAACCCCGGCUACAGUUUAUACGUGGCGGAGACAUAGUGUGUGAUAAAACAGAGAUGCGGAAGAACUACAUGAAAACCUAUCGGUUCAAGAUGGAUGUCAUUAGCCUCCUGCCCCUUGAGUUAUUCUACUUCAAAACUGGUAUCAAUCCUCUGUUACGUUUCCCCCGACUACUGAAGAUCAUGUCUUUCUUUGAGUUCAACGAACGUCUAGAGGCUAUCUUGACCAAACCUUACUUUUACAGAGUCAUCCGCACCACUACAUAUUUGCUGUACUCGUUGCACUGCAACGCCUGCCUGUUCUACUGGGGCUCUGCUUACGAGGGCCUCGGCUCCACCCAGUGGGUGUAUGAUGGGAAGGGAAACAGCUACAUUCGCUGCUACUACUUUGCAGUGAAGACUCUGAUCACUAUUGGUGGACUGCCAGACCCCACAAAUCUUUUUGAGAUUGUGUUUCAGCUCAUCAAUUACUUUGUUGGGGUUUUUGUGUUCUCCAUCAUGAUUGGGCAGAUGAGGGAUGUGGUGGGGGCAGCGACAGCAGGGAAAACCUACUACAGAUCCUGCAUGGACAACACAGUGAAAUACAUGGGUGCGUACCGUAUACCCAAAGAGGUCCAGAACCGUGUAAAGACCUGGUAUGAGUACACGUGGCAGUCUCAAGGCAUGCUCGAUGAACAAGAGCUACUAGUCCAGUUACCUGACAAGAUGAGACUGGACAUCGCUGUGGAUGUCAACUAUUCCAUUGUCAGUAAAGUUGCUCUUUUCCAGGGUUGUGACCGCCAGAUGAUCUUUGACAUGCUGAAGAGCCUCAGAUCUGUUGUCUACUUGCCAGGGGACUAUGUGUGUAAAAAGGGAGAAGUGGGUCGAGAGAUGUACAUCAUCAAAGCUGGGGAGGUGCAGGUUGUUGGUGGUCCAGAUGGGAAGACAGUCUUUGUCACUCUGAAAGCAGGCUCUGUGUUUGGGGAGAUCAGUUUACUGGCAAUAAGUGGAGGGAACCGGCGUACAGCUAAUGUCGUUGCUCAUGGUUUCGCUAAUCUCUUCAUUUUGGACAAAAAGGACCUUAAUGAGAUUCUGGUGCAUUACCCUGAAUCUCAGAAGUUGCUUCGUAGAAAAGCCAAGAAGAUGCUGGCCAAAGACAAAAAGCCUGAUGCAAAGAAGGAAGAAAUAAAAGAGAAAGCCCAGGUCAUCCCUCCGCGAGCUGAAACGCCCAAACUGUUGAAAGCUGCUCUUGAGAUGACUGAGAAAUCAGGCCUCAAAGGUGCACUUUCCAAACUGAAAGAGAAGGCAAAUAAGUCCAACGUAUCACUUCAGCCAUCGCUGGCAUCGACUCUCCUGACCCCCUCCCCCACCCCAGGGCAGCCUCCGGAACAAGAGCCUGAUAUCCUGUCUCAAAACUCAGACAGCUCCACAGCCAGUCGCAGGACAGGGACAUGUGAAAGAGAGAGUGCUAUCUCUUCCCAGGAGAGAGAGGGUGUGCAAGAGGACAAAGAGAACAAAGGGAAGGAGGAAGAAGGAUGAGAUAAUUGGACUUGCCAGGAAAUCAUCCCUCCUUUGAUCCAAAGACAUAAUCCUCUCCUCUCUCCUCCACGGAAUGGUGACGUCAACGUACAAGUUUCUAAGGACAACACUGUCUUGUACUUUUGUCUGAGUAAUGGCCUCCUUCAUAAAACAGAGAUAUGGCUUCAUGUUGUUGGGUCUCAAGAUAUUCCCUGAAAUGAUAAUGAUUACCUGUAGUGCAAUGUUUACAGUACUGAACUGAAUAUAUUUCUAUCAAACAGAAUAAUCCAAGGCAGAGAUGUUGUUGUGUGUUAAGCUACAUGGCCCUGCCAUCUCCACAUUUCUUAUUGUGUCUGCUCUUGCUGUUGAACAAAUGCCUUAACUUGAACCAUAUAUAUCUAGACUGUCAUCGUAGUAAGCUGCUUCUUUGCUCUCCACUCCCCCACUCUUUUCAAUUCUCCCCUUCCUUUUCACCAUUACAGAGGCACACGCACACCAUUCUAUUUAUUGUGGUGUGUUAGCUGUGAGGGAGAAUGCUUAAGAAGUUUUAGACACUUUAAUGCAGUUGUGUAGUUAGAUAGUGAGAAACGUGGCAAGGAGUGACAGUGUAAAUAAAACACAAUAUGCUUCUCCCACACAACCAGAUGUUGAUGCAAAUGUUAUGUAGAAUGAUGAACCCUGAAGGGUGUUACAGAAUGCAAUACGAUACCUCAGUCAAUUGCCUUUUUAUUUAUGGAGGUUUUGUAGUCUUUGGUUUUGUUUUUGCCAUUUUUCCUAGGAACUGAUUUUAAUAAAUAACUAAAAUCUCAUUCUUUUUUUAACUUAUGGACAUUGUUUUCUCUUACAUUAGGCCAUGUGCUUGGUGUACAUCACUUGCAGUACAGAUUUUAUACUAGGCUUACACGUUUACAAAUGUAUCAAAUAGGCCUAUGUAUAAAGAGAGACAUUUUACUCUCUUGGUUUAUGUUAUUUUAGGAUGAGCAAAUGGUUUAAUAAUAAACCAAACAGGUGGGUGAUGUGCCCAGGUGGGUGAUGUGCCCAUGUGAUGUAUAGUUGGCUGCUGAAUGUUUUUGUUUGUUUGUUUGUUUAUUUAUUCCUCUUUAUGUAGGUUUAUUUGGUUUCUUUGGUGUAUUUUUGGCCAUGUUCCUGGAUCUCACCAUAGGCCUGAGUCAUUUCACUAAUUUCAUAUGUAUGAAGGCCAUAUAAGCCUAUAGCCUAUAGUUGGAGGAUGUCUCAACAGCAAAUCACAAGGCAACAAUU